CCUUCUAUGUCAGAGGGUAAUGAAGACCUGAUGUGAUGAGGACGUGUGCGUAGGACGUCAACUUUGCAGAGAAGAGUGCCGGCGGGGCUCAUGGGACAGGAAAACUGGACACAAAUGUUCACUUCAGGGAUGAAUGCCUCCCCAGGGAUGGCGCCGCCGUCACCAGGGAUGAGUGGCAGCCCGCCACCAAGAAUGAAGACCUUCCAGUCUGAGGGCUCUCCCAAGAUUCCUCCCAACCCUCCAAAUUCCCCUGCCAUGUCCAUCAUGAGCUCUCCCAGACUGUGGCAGAAGGCCUCCAUCUCCAGACUGGCAGAGGAGUUUUUCUGGAUUGGUGGGAGUGUGGUCGCUCAGCCCAAAUGGAGGCUGGGCCAAUUUGUGGAAAGGUGCAUGUGCACAAUGCAGACAGGGACCCAGAUGACCAAAAUGAAGGGAAAGAAGAAAGGACUCGUACGCUUCUACUACUUGGAUGAACAUCGCUCGUGCAUCCGGUGGCGUCCCUCCAGGAAACAAGACAAAGCCAAAAUUACAAUUGACUCCAUCCACGAGGUGCGCGAGGGGAAAAAGUCUGAAGUUUUCAGGAGGUACGCUGACAACUGCUUCGAUCCAAAUUGCUGCUUCAGCAUUUACUAUGGCGAGCGUGUCAAGUCCCUGGACCUGGUCAGCUCCAACGGCGAGGAGGCCCGCACGUGGAUUACCGGACUCAAGUACCUCAUGGCCGGCAUCAGCGACGAGGACAGCUUGGCUCGGAGGCAGCGCACCCGCGAUCAGUGGCUUCAGCAGACUUUCUCGGAGGCAGACAAAAAUGGAGACGGCACCCUGAGCAUUGGAGAAGUCCACCAGCUGCUUCACAAGCUCAACGUGAAUCUACCCAAACAGAAAGUCCGUGCGAUGUUCCAGGAGGCGGAUACAGACGAGAACCAAGGCUCUUUGGGAUUCGAGGAGUUCUGUUCCUUCUACAAGAUGAUCUCCACGCGGCGAGACCUCUACCUCAUCAUGAUUUCUUACAGCAACCAAAAGGAAGUCAUGGACCUGCACGACCUCGCCCGCUUCCUGGAGAACGAGCAGAAGAUGCGAGGUCUACCCAGAGAGCACCUGAUGGAAAUUGUGGCGAAGUUUGAGCCGUGUCCUAACAACCUUCAACGUCUGGUUCUGGGAAUAGAUGGUUUCACCAACUACAUGCGAAGUCCCGGAGGUGACAUCUUCAAUCCAGAGCAUAACCAGGUGAACCAGGACAUGACGCAGCCGCUGUGCAACUACUUCAUCGCCACAUCGCACAACACCUACCUCACCGGAGACCAGCUGCUGUCUCAGUCCAGUGUUGAGAUGUACGCUUAUGUUCUCCAGGCUGGCUGUCGUUGUGUGGAAGUGGACUGCUGGGAUGGGCCAGAUGGCGAGCCCAUUAUUCACCAUGGCUACACCUUGACAUCCAAAAUCCUUUUCAAAGAUGUCAUCGAAACGAUCAACAAAUACGCCUUCACCAAAUCACAGUACCCGGUGAUUUUGUCCAUAGAGAACCAUUGCACUGUGCCUCAGCAGAAGAAAAUGGCAGAAUAUCUGAAGGAGGUGCUGCAGGAGAAGCUGGACCUGUCCAACGUCAACACGCAUGAAUGCAAAAAGUUGCCCUCCCCAGAAAUCCUCAAAGGAAAAAUCUUAGUCAAGGGAAAGAAGCUCCCAGCAAACCUGGACCCGAAUGCCGAGGAAGGAGAUGUGUCUGAUGAAGAUACCGGGGAUGACGAAGAGGAGGAGGAUGAGGAAGAGGAAGAUUCUCAGGCAAAUUCAUCUCCUGUUUUAAGCACACUUUCAUUGGAUGAGCAUCGUAUUUACUGUACAAGAACUCUCGUAGGAGGAAAACAGCGGUCUAGCUGCUCGACAAGGAAAAAGAGAAUGCGGGUGAGGAGUAAGGUCAGGUCUGAUGGAGAGUCAGACUACAGCAGCAGCAGCAGGGACAGGACACAAAUUGUUUAUCACCCCAAGAAGAGGAAGACAAUGAGGCUGUCCCGUGCUCUGUCCGACCUUGUCAAGUACACAAAGUCCGUGCGAGUGCACGACAUAGAAACACAAGCCUUUACAAACAGUUGGCAGGUGUCGUCACUCAACGAAACCGUCAUGAACCAGAUUGUCCUGCUGAAACCUGGUCAGCUGGUGCGCUUCAACCAGCGCCAACUCCUGAGGGUCUACCCAUCCAACUACCGGGUGGACUCCAGCAACUUCAACCCACAACCCUACUGGAACGCAGGAUGUCACAUGGUUGCAAUGAACUACCAAACAGAAGGUCGCAUGCUUGAACUGAACCAAGCCAAAUUCUCAAGCAAUGCAAACUGCGGAUACAUUCUGAAGCCUAAAAUCAUGCGUAAAGGUGCCUUUAACCCCAAUGUGGAGGAUCCACUUCCAGGACAGAAGAAGAUUCAGUUAGUGCUGAAGAUCAUCAGCGGACAGCAGCUUCCCAAACCUAAAGACUCCAUGUUUGGGGACAGAGGAGAGAUCAUUGAUCCCUUUGUGGAGGUUGAAAUCAUCGGCCUACCCAUUGACUGUUCAAAGCAGCAAACCAGGGUGGUGGAUGAUAACGGUUUCAACCCCAUGUGGGAGGAGACUCUUGUCUUCCACAUUCUAAUGCCACAGAUUGCUCUGGUGCGCUUUCAAGUCUGGGAUCAUGAUCCCAUUGGGAGAGAUUUCAUUGGCCAGAGGACCAUAGCCUUGAGCAGCAUGAUGCCAGGUUAUCGACAUGUGUACUUGGAAGGCAUGGCGGAGUCUUCCAUCUUUGUUCAUAUUGCUAUCAUUGACGGCAAGGUAAAACCAGCAAAUGCUGUGCAAGUGGCCAGAAAGCAAAUCCAAAAAGCAACCCAGAAGCACAUGAAGGGACCCCAUAAGCAGCCAUCCGUCGACUCGUCCGUGCAGUCCUCGGAAGACUGGCCCCCACCAUUCCUCCGCAAGGAUGCCGACUCCUUCUCCCAAGACAGCAGGAACGGAGAAAUGGCCGUUCUGGUCCAAGGGCCCGCCACCAAGGCCGCCAUGCACAAAGGGAUCAUGAGUGAACCCGUGAGACGCGCCCACCGAGUCAAAAUUCAUGACCCUAGGAGAGGGAUCUUCAGCAAGAUGUCCUCCACGGAUUCAAACCCUGUGCCGGCAUUGCUGCUUCAAGACAGCUUUGACCUGGACAGCCCUUCACGUCCAAACAGUCCCAUUGAGGACAGACAGGAUCCUGUUCCGGAUAACUUCAAUGAGCCUCAGUCUUUGUCUGAAGGUACUAAGUUGCAGACACUUCACACAUUUGGACCAGAGGAACCUGAACCUCCUGUGGCGGUCCAAGCAGAAGCACAAACUGUCCCAGAGCCACCGGACGAAGCGUCACAUGCAGCCACUCACUCGACAACACAACAUCCCUUACAUUCCGAAGCCAAAUUUGUACCUCUUGUCCCUCCACCAUCCCCGGCUCGGGUCAGAAGGACCUUGGAGGCCCCGACUAUCCCCAGACCCUCCACCCCGAUACGAACAAAAGUCCGGUCGUGCAGCUGCGAUCGAAAUCCCAACACCUCCCCCAUUACACCCAUGGUCAGCCGCAAGCCUGCUUCCCACUGGCAGACCGGGCGAGUCCAGAGUAUGUACAAGGACAUCGGCCGACAGGUGAGGACUGUACCCAACGGUCUGUGCUUGUCCGACAGCUCAUCCAGCAGUGGGGGCAGUUCAGACAGCCUGGAGUUCAAAGAUGCCCCGGUUGUGGCGGGUGCGGAGCAGUGCGUCGGCACACUACAGAGGGAGAUGAAGACACUUUUUGAUGAAAAGCUGAGAGCGAUCCGAUGUCAAUCGCCACUUUUGUUUGACGAUCAGGAUUUGUGAAAACAUAGCCUUUAGGCUUUGACGCUACUGGUCAGGCUACCAAUGUACAGUGUUAACUUGAUUUACAGUUUCGUAUGUUGUGUGAUCAGGCUUGUUCCUCACUAUGCAGUUACGAUUUGUUUGUUUUUUUGUUGUUUUUUGGGG